AUGCUGCUUCUCCUUCUGAUCUCAAGUGCUUUUGUCCUGCCCUGGGCUGGGGCUGGAAGGAUCAUUGGUGGGAAGGAAGUUGAGGCUCAUUCCAGACCCUACAUGGCUUAUUUAAAAAUCCAAGUUUCAAAUAAGACUGACACAACUACUUAUUCCUGUGGAGGGUUCCUGAUUCGCCCAGAUGCAGUGCUCUCAGCAGCUCACUGUGUGGAUAAAAAAGGGAAAGUGAACAUCACUGUGAUUCUGGGAGCCCACAACAUAAAUUUCCAAGAACGGAGUCAGCAGAGGGUCCGUGUUGUACGCUGGGUCAUCCAUCCCAAAUAUUGCCCUGCAGGCUACAAAAAUGACAUUGUGCUGCUGAAGCUGAAGAAAAAGGCCAAGAUCAAUAAGAAUGUGCAACUUAUCUCGUUACCCAGACACAACGAACGUGUGACAGAAGGAACUGAAUGUGAGGUGGCUGGUUGGGGCUGGACUUCUCGGACAGGGCACCCCAGUGAUGUGAUGAUGGAGGUGGAACAGGAGGUGCAAAGUGAGGAACCAUGUCAGCUGCUAUUUGAUAACUACCAGCGUCAGUCCAUGAUCUGUGUUGGUGAUGAGUACAGUAAAAAGGCACCUUACAAUGGUGAUUCUGGUGGCCCAUUAGUCUGCAAUAAGAAGGCUCAUGGCAUUGUUUCUCAUGGACUUGAAAGCCGCCUCUUCCCUAAGGUAUUUACCAGAGUCUCCUAUUUUGAGCCCUGGAUACGUCAGCAGCUGAGGAGGUUUGCACUCCAAGAGCUGCCUGCCUCUCCAUCCUCCCAAUAA